UAGAAUUAUCAAUCAGUUGAGAUUUUAUUUGCUAACCGAUUAGUUGCAAAUAAAGAAAAGUUCGCUAAACACCUCAGUUGGAAUAAUGAAAGUGUUUGUGAUUUCGUGCCUUUUGGCAGUAGUUAUUGGUGUUCAAUCUGCACCACAGUAUGGUAAACGAGGAUAUGGCCAUGGAGGUGGUGGAGGCUAUGGAGGUGGAUUCGGAGGUGGUGGCGGCGGUGGCGGUGGAGGUGGCUUCGGUGGAGGACAAGGAGGAGGCCUAGGGGGAGGACAUGGUGGAGGAGUUGGCCAAGGUGGAGGUUUUGGACCAGGUGGAGGCGGUGGUUUUGGACCUGGCGGUGCUGGUGGUGGCCAUCACGGGGGCGGUGGACCCGGUUUCGGUGGAGGUGGUCACCACGGUGGAGGUGGACCCGGUUUCGGUGGAGGCAAACCUGGAUUUGGAGGAAACUUUGGUGGUGGACCUGGAGGAGGCCAAGGCGGCUUUGGUGGACAUGGAGGUGGUGGUGGUGGAGGAGCUGGAGGUGGUUUCGGAGGUGCCGGUGGAUUAGGCGGAGGUCAUGGGGGACAUGGAGGAGCUGGUGGAUUGGGAGGAGGACAAGGAGGAUUUGGAGGACAACAAGGCGGUGGUUCAUUUGGUGGACAUGGUGGUCCAGGAUUAGGAGGUGGUUUUGGUGGUGGUAGUUCCAAUGCCAUUGCAAGUGCUAAUGCACAAAGUACGGGCGGAUAUGGUGGAAGCAAUGCAAAUGCACAAGCAAGUGCUAUAUCAUCAGCAUCAUCACACAAUAAUCCUCAUUCCUACGGUUAAAUUGUUCCUUGUAAGAGAUUUAAAAAAAAUAAAAAUUAUAAAAAAAAAUUAAAAAGAAAAAUUAAAAAAUAAUAAUAAUUGUGUUUUUUUCUGUAUUACUUAGUUAAUUUUUUUUAUUUUUAACUUAAAAGAAACUAAUGUGUGCUUUCAAUUAGUGUAUUGGUCUAAUGAUUAAAAUAAAUAUGGUGGUAAUGAGUUGUAUCUAAAAUAGUAAUAAAAACACGUGAAAAUUAUUACUAAUCACCAACUUAAGAAAAAAAUCACUUUUAAAUGAUAAACCAAGUUGAAAUAAAUCCAAGAUUAUAGUAAUGAAAUAUUGAAAUCAUUAGAAUAAACUUUGUGGCAAACCCUAACUUUUCCGGAUACAAAUUAAAAUGCUAUGAAAAACAACA